UCGUGGUUCAUAUUAAAUGUGAAAGGUUUUUUGCAAAAUAUGUGGUGUGAGUUUCAUUAUAAAUAAUAACACGAAUGUGGUGGACGCAGGAGAAAUAAAUACGAACUAGCGCUGUACGUCCCAAGGCAUCAAAGAGUUGUUUUCUUUUCUGUUCAUACACGGAAGAUGCUGAAGGUGAAGGCAGACAAUAAAACAGCGAUCUAUUCAUUUUGCUAAGAGGCGUAAUGGUGCUUAAUGACGGAACAAUGAUCUCCGAUGACGAAAAAAUAGCUCUGGCCAACAUCUGCCGCGAUUAUGUCCGAGGUUGCUGCGUCCGAGAAAAUUGUCGGUAUACUCACGAAAAGCCACCUUUGAAUCGUUUAAAAGAAUUGUUCCGGUUUUGUCACGACUAUCAGAAUAAAGGAUGUUUCAGAAACAAUUGCAAGUUUCUACAUUUCACGCUGGAAGAGGAAGCGUAUUUCUAUUCUACGGGCAACUUUCCUCAGACAGAUCCUCGGGAUCAUGGAAUGAUCCCAGUAUGCCAGGCGUAUUUACACGGGUCCUGCUCCAACCCUGAAUGCAAGUUGAUUCACCCUCUUCAUCCAGCCAACAAUGAACGCCAUCAUGAGCUAAACAUGCCACCACCACAUUACAAUCGUCCACCACUUAUGCUAAGAGAUGAAGACUCGCCCCCUGAAUGCAAAGUAAGGCGCUACACUUACGAAGACGUGGCCAUAGAGAAUCAGAUGCCUGCACCAAAUAUAUGCCAAAACUGUGACUCCUUAGACCAUAAAGUUAAACUACUACAUGAUAACAUAAGUGUUUUGCUGAAGAAAGUAGCAGACUUGACAGAAAAAAAUGUUCAAUUGACUUCCAUGAAUGAGUUUUUACUGGAGCAGGCAGCUGCAAAUAGGGGUGAACAGUCAUGCAUUAUUACAUCCCGCCAUGGAACUUCAGCUCCGGUGUCCUUAGCUACAGUUAGCAUGACACCUGUAGUGAGUCUCUCUGGUGCAUUGCCUACAUUAGUUCCUGCUGCGGCAACACCAAAUUUAGCACUGGCACCAGCGGCAUCCAGAGCUCAGUUGCUAACUCCCGCCCCACAAUUGUUGACAGUAAGUACAACACAACAGUUGAUGGGUAAUUCGGGAGCACUAAUUGUGACUAGUGCGGGUGCCCAGCAGUUAAUGCAAGUGAGUGAUUCAGGGACUUUGAUGGGUGCUGGACAGACAGUAGUAGCAGUGACGCCGGCACAGUUGACACUGGCACCGCCGCCGCAGCAACUCAUGGGGAAUGCGUCACAAACGACAGUUCAGCAGCUUGUGCAGCAGACGGCGCUGCCGCAGCAGCUAGCUGCGCAGCAACAGCAGUUUACGGCACAGCAGUCCGUGCAGCACCUUGCUGCGGCGCAGCAGAAUGCCCAACACCUGGCAGCGCAACAGUCAGCGCAGCAUUUGGCGGCGGCGCAACAGUCCGCACAACAACAAUUGGCGGCGGCGCAGCAGUCCGCGCAACAACAGUUGGCGGCACAACAAUCGGCGCAGCACCUAGCCGCACAGCAGUCUCAGCAGUUAGCUCAGCAAUCAGCUCAGCAGCUGGCUGCUCAACAGGUCCCAUCGGCCCAGCAACUUGUCCACCAAACCUCCACUCAACAGAUUACCAUCUCCAGCACUAGUCAGCCAAUGGCUCUUCCUAAUUCGCAAAACCAAGCCUUAACAUUUCCAAUUAUAUCGCAGAGCAUAUUGCCCCAUUGAUUUUAUAACAUUCUGAGUUAGUAUUAACUAUUUAUUAGAUUAGGCCAUGGGUCUCCAAACUACGGCCUAAUACGCCAAAGGAAGCGGGCAGACAAAUUUAGCUGUGUGGAACUUGGAUCAAAAAGUCAGGAGACCCUUGAUUUAAGUGCUUGCUUGUGAUUAAACUGUUAAAAUAAUGUAUGAAUUUACUUUUAGUGAAUCAUGUGAACAGUGGAUUUUUAAUGAACAUUUUAUUGUUUUAAUUUUGCAGUGUGUUGUUUUAAAUCCUGUAAUGAUAUUUAAUUUUAUGUCCUACUACAUCAUACAUAGGUAAAAAUCUCAGUACACAGGCUAAUGCAGAGGUAAACAUAGUAGAAUAACGCAGCUGUACAAGAAUAUACAUAAGAAUGUUAAUCAUGCUAUGUAUUUUCUAUAAAUAAAUAUGAUAUUAAUGAUUACAUAAUUAUCACAUAGCUUUGCGAUAUAAACCUCUUUUUGCAUUGUAGUAAUAACACAGUUAUGCCGUUCUUGUUAUGUAAUCACAUGCCAAAUAUUACUUGAAAUAUAAACACUUAAGAGCCUGUUUUACUGGCAAUUCUAAUCUCCCACAAAUAGAUAAAGAAUCCUCAGUCUGAAUCUGAAAUGCCGGUGUUCACACUACACAACUCUUUUUAACAUUAGUCUAAUGUUGCUAUAUUGUAUACGAUUGUGUAUAGGGAUCAUAGGCAGCUAUCAUCUGUAAAUAAGCAUAAGGGUGGUAUUCCAAAUGCCCAAUAUCAUUGCCUCUCACUCUCUCAUUGAAGCAAAAUGUCAGACGCAAUAUACAUUGGACAAAGAAAUUGGAUAGAGUCAGACCAAGAAUAGUCUGCAGCGGAUUUGAUACCGCACGCAAUGAAAGUGUUAUUUUAAACGUCAAACUUCUAUGAAACUAUGACGUAUAAAUGACACUUGCACUGCGUGGGCUAUCAAAUCCGCUGCAGACUUUUUUUGGUCCGACUCUAGGUGGAAUACCACCCUAACAACAAAGCUUAAACUAUGGAAUAUUAUAAAUAUUAGUUACUUAUUUAUUUAUGAGGUCCCUGGUUUUGUAGUUAAAUAGAGCAAAGGGUCAUAACAUAAAUAACCCAUGUUUGAUGGUAUUGCCAGGCCAGGCUGUUCCCACUGGCGUGCUUACACAUUGGUUGUAUUACUGCAUUUUAUUAUGUGUAAUCAAUCCUUACAUCGUCAGGUGACAAGCAAUACUCACUAAUUACGUAAUCUAAAAACAUAUACAACAAAAAUCAACCUUAUUGAGGUAUUAAUAUGGUUCACUAUGGCUAUUAACUUGGGGUAGUCGUUAAUGAUGAGUUUCGGUUGUCACCUGACGAUAUUUAAGUUAACAUUUUACUAUUAUUGAUAAAGAUAAACAAUAACGUGUCUAUUGAUUGGAUGCUACAAUAAGAGAAUAGCCCAAAAAAUAGUGUGUUGAAUACAUUUUAAUGAAAUGAUUUUUUUUUACUGUGAACUGGAAAAUAGGGUAAAUCCACCAAUGAUUGACAUGGCACCCAAAAAAUGUAACCCCUUACCGCAUACAAUGCCGGAUAUGAUAUUCAACUCACGCUAUUAAAAUUCAAAUUUAAACAAAUAUUUUUUAUUACAUGCAGUAAGGGGUAAGGUCGAACAUGCUAAUAACUGAAGGCUACAUCAGAUAGCUUUUUGGUUUUACCCUGCUUUCCCAUUUUCUAAUCUAAAUGAAAUGUCAUGUAAGAGAUUUUACUUUUACGUGGCUUGGUGAUAUUGAGCUAUGUUAAGCUAUUGGCUGUAUAAUAGGUAAUAAUUUAAACUAUUAAAAUAAAACGAAUUGUUCCGUACAAA